AUGCCAUCAGCCUUUGAGAGAAAGGUCAAGAGUGUGAUCCAGGAGGUGGACCAUGGCAGAGGAGAUCUCAUCCCAGUGGACUGCCUUCGGAAUUCAAUCAGCUUCAAGCCCUACAACCUCCUGAGCAGGAGAAUCUCAAGUUCAUGGUUCUGGAAACCCCAUUAUACAUUUGUCAAUCUGUCAAUCAAGGACAUCCUGGAACCCAUUGCUCCAGAACCAGCACCAGAGUAUUUUGGCCCCUUGGAAGUCUCAGACGUCGUCGAUGGGAACAUUCAGGGCAGUGUGGCAGUGAGGUCACCCACUGGAGAAGGGAGAAUUUCUGGUGGGGCUGGAGUGUCUGACAGUUCCAGUGCCUCCAUGAGUAUGUGUAUACUGCGAGUGAAACCGAAUACCUGGGAGAUCAUGAAGAGUGAAAAGCACCUGCAGCAGCCUGAGAAUACAAUCCUGCAACAGCUUCGGAGGCGUGGGGAUGACGUGUUUGUCAUCACCGAGGUGCUGCAGACAAAGGAGAAGGGGCAGAUCACCCAGACCCACAGCAAGGAGGGCUCAGGCCAGUUUACAUUGCCUGGAGCCUCAUGCUUCCAGGGUGAAGGCAAGGGCCACCAAAGCCGGAAGAAGAUGGUGAGCUUUCCUCCAGGCAGCGUCCUUGCAUUCCAAGUGGCCAAACUGCUCAUUGGCUCUUCAUGGGAUAUCCUUCUCAUCUCGGAUGAGAAACAGAGGACCUUUGAGCCCUCCUCAGAUAAAACCCCUGAGGAAGAAGAAUUCAGGAAACACUUCCAAAGCCUGUGUGCAGAGGUGAAGGCUGGCUCCUCAGAACUGGGGAACUUAGAAAUGGAGUUGAGACAACAGCUGCUAGUGGACAUCGGGAGGAUUCUACAGGACCAGCUCAGCCUGGAAGCCUUAGAGGCCUCACUAGGGCAGGGCCUGUGCAGUGGAGGGAAGGUGGAGCCACUGGACGGCCCAGCAGGCUGCAUCCUUGAGUGUCUGGUGCUCAAUUCUGGAGAGCUGGUGCUGGAACUCGCAGCCCCUAUCUUCUACCUGUUGGGAGCACUGAAUGUGCUGAAUGAAACACAGCAGCUGCUGCUGGCUAAGGCUCUGGAGACAACAGUACUGUCAAAACAGCUGGAGUUGGUGGAGCAUGUCUUGGAACAGAGCUCCCCAUGGCAGGAGCAGAGGUCUGUGUCCCUGCCCUCCAGGCUCCUUGGGGACAGCUGGGAUGAGGAGGCUCCCACAUGGAUCUUGCUAGAAGAAUGUGGCCUAAGGCUGCAGGUGGAACCCCCCAGGUGCACUGGGAACCAAUUUCUCAGGGCCCCACAUGUGCUCUCUAUGCCUCAUUGGCCCUAUUGUCAAGUCUAG